ACACCCACGGAACGCUUCCGCUCAGUCGUUCGCAGACUGAUACACAUGCGGAAGACCAUCCGCCUCGUCGGCAUCGAGCCCCGCAGCGCCGCCACGCUCCUCAACUACAGCCACAUCCGGCAGCGUUGUACGAUCGGGAUCAUGGACUACUCGAGCAUACGCGCCGACGCGCAGCGUAUGCGGAACGCCGAGUUCGUCCGCUUCCUCAAAAACGAUAGGGCGAGCCGGAGGGCGCCGUGGGCGAAGGUGCGCUGGAUCAAUGUGUGCGGAAUUAGCUGGGACGUCGUCAGCGCGUUGGCGCUCAAGUACGAUUUGCACCCCUUGUCGCUAGAGAGCGUAUUACAACAGCGCGGAAACGCGCGCUCGAAGGCUGACUACUACAACGAACACCUGUUCCUACGCGUGCUUUGCCAUAGGCUGUCCGACGAUGAUGCCCACGCAAGUAUUAGCAUCCAAAAUGACGACGGCGACGAUGAUCAGGAGGAGGAUCAAGAGGAGAGAGAGGAUGAGGAUCAAGAGUUCCAAUCCGAGCGCACGGACGUCGAGAACCUGCCCGCAUCGCGCCGCACUCGAUUCGCCGAUGCACAGGACGUGAAAGCGAACAAGGAUGCACGCAACCGGGCGCUCCUCCACGAGCUCAAGCGCGGGGACCGCGUCAACGUCACGGUCUCACCCCUGUGCAUAUUCCUGAUGCGCGAUGGGACGGUCAUCUCGAUACACCAGGACAACACCCGCGACUUCACCGCGCCCAUUUCUCAGCGAUUGUGGCAGAGCCAGGCCGGUUUGCGCGCCACUGCGGAUCCGUCGCUGCUGGUGCAGUCCCUUUUGGAUCUCGUUGUAGACCACGCCUUGGCGGUCAUCGACGAAUACCAACGCAGGGUCCUGAAACUUGAGCAGGCUGUACUGAUUAAGCCAAGCAUGAAGAUUGUUCGCCAGUUGCAUAUUCUGCAAGGAGACCUCAUCCUACACAAACGAACACUCGAGCCUAUCACGACCGUCGUUUACGGCUUGCGGCGGUACGACCUCGACCGUGUGACGGCGCUAGGGCAGCAUGAUGACCCGAACGCUAAAGUAGAAGGGUACAUGAGCCACAAAGCUAAUAUCUACCUCGCGGAUGUACACGACCACAUGGAGUACAUUCUGACAAGCCUCGACAUGAUCGCAGGGAUCACGGACAAUCUGAUCAACUACGCGUUCAACAUGGCGUCCUAUGAUAUGAACGAGACAAUGCGUCAACUCACUCUGGCGACGAUUAUCUUUCUGCCGCUAACGUUGCUCACGGGUUACUUUGGAAUGAACUUUAAGGUCAUGUCCAUCCACCAUCUCAGCGACACCUUCUUUUGGGAGGUUGCGAUGCCUACGAUGGUCGUGGCGGUGGUGCUAUUCUUGCAGAACGACAUCAAGCGCAUGGUGCAUUACCUGAGCAAGAGGAUGACGCGCCAUCGUAUCAAGAAGGUGCGCGCUCUCUCCAUGUCAGGACGGGGGGCGCGGGUUUUGAUGUCGCUGCCACAGAACUAUCGCUACAAGUACGUGUAA